CCAGGCCUCCCCCACUCUCAGCGCUAUCACGAGCUGCUGCGCCGGCGUCUAGGACUGCCCGUUUGGGAAUACAAGAAUGACUUUAUGCGACUCCUAAACACACAUCAGUGCGUUGUGCUUGUUGGUGAAACCGGUUCUGGGAAGACCACGCAAAUUCCACAGUGGUCAGUAGAGUUCGCAGCGGUUACAGCAGGCAAAUCUAAGGGCGUUGCUUGCACGCAACCUCGACGAGUGGCGGCCAUGUCGGUGGCUCAGCGGGUGGCUGAAGAGAUGGAUGUUGCUUUGGGUCAACAAGUAGGUUAUAGCAUCCGUUUCGAAGACUGCUCGGGGCCACAGACCGUCUUGAAGUACAUGACUGACGGUAUGUUACUCCGCGAGGCAAUGUCAGAUCCGAUGCUGGAGCAAUACAGAGUCAUCCUCCUCGACGAAGCCCACGAAAGAACCCUGGCCACGGAUAUCCUUAUGGGGGUCCUUAAAGAGGUGAUCAAGCAACGGCCAGACCUAAAGCUGGUCAUCAUGUCUGCGACGUUAGACGCUGGGAAGUUCCAGCAGUAUUUCGAUAAUGCUCCAUUGAUGAAUGUACCAGGCCGUACUCACCCCGUAGAAAUAUUCUACACACCCCAACCUGAACGUGACUACCUCGAAGCAGCAAUACGUACUGUAGUACAAAUCCACAUUUGUGAAGAAGUAGCUGGUGACAUACUGCUCUUCCUCACUGGUCAGGAGGAGAUAGAAGAUGCUUGCAAGAGAAUCAAGAGAGAGAUAGACAAUCUGGGAACAGAUGCAGGAGAAUUGAAGUGUAUACCGUUGUAUUCCACCUUGCCACCGAAUUUGCAGCAGCGAAUCUUCGAAGCGGCGCCACCCAAUCGUCCCAACGGUACCAUAGGCAGGAAAGUGGUCGUGUCGACGAACAUCGCGGAGACCAGUCUCACCAUAGACGGAGUGGUCUUUGUCAUUGACCCUGGUUUUGCUAAGCAAAAGGUGUACAACCCGCGGAUCCGCGUGGAGUCGCUGCUGGUGUCGCCCAUCAGCAAGGCGUCGGCGCAGCAGCGCGCGGGCCGCGCCGGCCGCACGCGCCCCGGCAAGUGCUUCCGCCUCUACACCGAGAAGGCCUACAAGGACGAGAUGCAGGACAACACCUACCCCGAGAUCUUGAGAUCAAACUUAGGAUCUGUAGUUUUGCAGUUGAAAAAGCUGGGCAUCGAUGACUUGGUGCAUUUUGACUUCAUGGACCCACCACAUUCCACGACUCUGACGAGAAGUCUAUCUCUGGUUUCAGACGACGACGGCAACCUGACAGAUCUCGGCGCAGUGAUGGCUGAAUUCCCUCUCGAUCCUCAGCUGGCGAAGAUGUUGAUCGCUUCGUGUAACCACAACUGCUCCAAUGAGAUACUCUCUAUCACUGCUAUGUUAUCAGUUCCACAAUGCUUCGUGCGGCCUAAUGAGGCUCGCAAAGCAGCAGACGAGGCUAAAAUGCGGUUCGCCCACAUCGAUGGAGAUCAUCUCACGCUGCUCAACGUCUACCACGCAUUCAAACAGAAUAUGGAAGAUCCUCACUGGUGCUAUGAUAACUUCAUCAACUACAGAUCUCUGAAGUCCGGAGAUAAUGUGAGACAACAACUAAGCAGGAUUAUGGACAGAUUUAACUUAAAACGAACAAGUACGGAGUUCACGAGUAAAGACUACUACAUAAAUAUUAGGAAAGCACUUGUCAAUGGAUUCUUCAUGCAGGUAGCGCACUUGGAGCGCACGGGCCAUUACCUGACGGUUAAGGACAACCAGACGGUGCAGCUGCACCCGUCCACGUGUUUGGACCACAAACCCGACUGGGUCAUAUACAACGAGUUUGUCCUCACCACCAAGAAUUACAUUCGCACCGUCACCGACAUCAAACCUGAAUGGCUUCUAAAAAUCGCGCCACAAUAUUACGAACUCAACAACUUCCCUCAAUGCGAAGCACGAAGACAACUAGAGCUGCUGCAAACAAGACUGGAAUCUAAAGCGUACCAAGAAGGAUUCUAAUUUCUUUCAUAAGAUACCUUACUUUGUAUUAAUGAAUUUACUACUCAUUGCUAGUACGAACAACGGCACGUUUCCCUUAGAAGAUAAACUCAAAUGUAUGCCACUUAUAAGAAGGUCCAAAGUCCAGUAGCUCUGUUAACUGUAGAAGUAACUUUUGGACUCUAAAAGUUCGAAGUUAACACGAUUUUUUUGGUGUUUGCCCGAUAAUUAUCCAUGCUGAUUCAUAGUAUAAAAAUGACAUAUAGUGAGGAAACUAAUUAAACACGUUACGAAAAAUCUUUGAGUAAAACAAUGUGACUUUUUUUGGAUUGAUAUUUGACACGCUUGGACACGUCUCUGAUACAAACAUUGUCACGGUAGCACUUUGUUCCAAUUAAUUAUAGAAAUGUCAUGAUAAUUACAGAUCGCGACACGUAAGUUUAGCAAAAUGGCGGCCUUCUGCGCAGGUCUGCAGUUUUCAGGCCGAGGGCCGCAGACUAACUGUGGCGCACUGCUGUCUAAUAACUAAAACUCUGUUAAGUGAUAAGUGGUCAAAUUUUUUCUUUAAAAAGCAUGAAACAGAGCUCAAAAUUCACUAUUUAAAAACAGUUAAGUUGGUAAAAGUUUCCGACAUAUUGGAGCUUACGCACAGUUAAAGUAACAUUGCACUUAAUAUAUUUUCAAUAUUCUAAAACUGGUUUACUGUUUUAUUAAGAUAUCUCAAAAAAAUAUUUUGUCACACUGCCGCGUUUUAGUUAAAGGGCGGCAGCGCAGACGUAGCUACGUUGCUUAGUUACGCCUCGCUUAAAAUCGUUGCACCUCAUAUCGCACUUCAGUUGAGAUCGUAAAAUCGACUUCUGCGCAUUGUUCAACUUACGUGUCGCGAUCUGCAUCAAGGUACAUUUAUUAAAAUAAUGGUCAACGGUAAUUAUCCCUUAGAACCCUGCCGUAAAAAUCUGGCACCAGCAUUGUCUUCCUUGAUGGGUAUUGCGGGUGGGUGAAAAUUCAUCGCAAUAAGGCCAGAGUCCAAACAACUUGUCAACCUAUACAACUCGGCUUAAAUGUCUAAGAGCCUAUUGCACAGGGCGUUGCAAGCAAGAAACUUAUAUCGACCUCUCCUACGUAAAGUAUUGUAAGUCGAAAUUGCAAGUUUACAGGCGAGCGUUUUAAAGUUUCAGACGCAAUCACGUAGUAUCUGAAUUAGUGUUGAAAUCAGGUCCUGCAGACUGUCCAACUUAUCAACAACUGAUCUCGACUAGUUGUUAGUUUAUAGACACUGUUUUGUAUCGGGGUUGGUUUAAAUUUUAAUUUAUUAAUACAAAUGAUAAGCAACUCGUAUACCCAGUUACAUUGCAGAAAGAACUCUACUCAUUUUCACGAAAUUACACCCGUUUGUUGUUUCCCUUAGACUGUCACACUAUAAUAUAAAAAUAAAUCUUUUUUCAUUCCAAAUGUUUAACAAAGUAAUAAUAAUAUUAUAUAGCAAUAGCGUGUUUGACUACAUAGCAUAUAGAAACUGUAUUUA